AUGAAGGCAGUGCGAGUGAAUCAGAUCUCCGUUCUGAAAGCAUGCGGCGGGAACCAAUUUUUACAACGUAUCUCUCCUCCUACAACUCCUCCUCUUGUUGCUGCUCCUUCAUCUUCGCCCACCCAAUUAUCCAGAUCCCAAAUGCCCCGACCCGGAAUCCGAAUACUCCCAAGCAACCCCUGCCUCGACCUCUAUUUCCACCGUCCCAUGGGAUCAGGCAUCCACUCCAAGUUGGAAUUCCAUGAGACUCUGACGAAGCAGCUGCUGCCGCAGGCUUGGUCCUGCAAUCCCCUCACAACCCUCAAGCUCAUUUGCAACUUCCUAGACAACGACGGUGAAAAAGCCGAUGACGAGGCCUUCUACUCCGCAGCGUUUUGGCUGCACCACAACCACCCCAAGACCCUUUCCUGCAACCUCCUGCCUAUUGCAGGCGCCUGGGGCCAUAUUAUCCACGUUCUCGAAACUCUGUCACGGGUUCUUCUACAAGGCAAUGCCCAGCUGCAGGUUGAUCAAUACUCUAUGACUUGGACCAGGAAGGACGCGAACCAAGAAUUUCAGUCCAAACAGUUCCAGAUCCAGUUAACACAAAAUGAAAGGAGGAGGACAACUUGUCCUCUUCCUCCUCCUAGUCCUAGACAGACUCGCCAAAUCAAGGUGGAAAAAGCUAAGGAGAAAGCAAGCGCCCUGUUGAAGAGAAGGAAGACGACUGCCAUGGCCAACAAGGCUGCUGACAGGUACCACAGCGACCCGGAUUAUCGGUUCUUGCACGACCGGGUUUCUGAUCUUAUGGCAGAGUGCUUGAAGCAUGAUAUCCAACAAUUCAACCAGCAUCAGCAGCAGCGUCGUGAGCAAGAGCAAGACCAAAAGAAAAAGAAGAUGAAGAAGUUGGAGUUCAACAUAACCGAUGCGGCUGAUUGCUUCCGAUUCGUGCCGGCCCCUAUGGACCAACUGCUGUAUGAAACCGUUGCGAGGAAUGUUUUCUCGCCAGGAGAAUUAGAAUCAGAAUUUUCGAACCCAAUGUCUCUGCGGCGGCGGCUGCGGAAAGAGAUUUUGGUGCCCUUGAGACAAGCCUUGGCGCCAGAGGACGAAGAAGGUGCCAACAAGUGGGGUUAUUAUCAACGUCUUGUGUACGACGGAGAGCCCGAUGUCUCUGAUGUACUCUCUGCCUCUGCGGCUCGCAAGUAUAUGGUGGCGCUUAAAAAAGCCAUUGCCGCCGCCGAGUCCAAGUCCGAGUCCGUGUCCGAGAACAUGAUUAAUGCCGGUGCUGUGCUUCCACACUGGAUCGUACGCUACGCCGUGGACAAAAGUGGUGGAUUCGAGCGAGCGGCUGAGCUUCAGUGGAAGAGAAUGCUGGAGGACGUGUACAAAAAGCAGGGGAGGCUGAACAACUGCUUGGCUGUUUGUGACGUUGCGGCGUCAGAGUCGGUGGCUCUGGGAAUGUUAGUGUCUCAUCUGAGCCAAGGGCCGUGGGAAGGAAAGGUGGUGAGUCACACCCAAAAACCUCAGCUGCAUUUGGUACGAGGCGAAGAUCUCAAGUCCAAGUUCAGCUUUAUGCACAGUUUGGAGGAGCGUCAGGACUGGGAGGUUGAUCUGGGGAAGGUGUAUGAUUUGAUUCUGGAAGUGGCGGUGAAUGAGAAUGUGAAGGCAGAGCAGAUGGUGAGGAAAGUCUUUGUGUUCACCUGCUUCAAACACUUCAGUGACGGCUGCUGGAAGCCUCGCGGCGGAGAUUAUGAGGAAAUACAGAGGAAGUUUGAGGAGAAGGGGUAUGCCGUGCCGCACUUGGUGAUUUGGAAUCUCCUCAGUGUGUGGUAUGCGCCGCUGCGUACCGGAGAGCCAGGGGUGACGUUGUUGGGUGGUUUCUCCGACGCAAUGCUCAAGUCCUUCUUGGAGAAUGACGGUGAACUUAGCCCCGAGCAGGUCAUGGAAUUAGCCAUCUCUCCCCAAAGCAAUCAAAAUCUGGCUGUCUUCGACUGA